AAGCUCAACAACUUGUCGUGACUAGGAAAUCAACACCUAACUCGAGUUCUGAGGAUACAAAAAUAUACGUUUGUUUUGAUUCUUUCUUCUGUAAAAAAGUUUUAAUGUAGUGACUUUUGAAAAGUGAUGGUCGGGUUUUGUGGUACGCUGAAGUUGGAUAUAUGCGAGGCGACCGAUCUGAAACCGACAAGCUUGCUUCAUCAUGGUGUAAAAUUGACAAACAUCGACCCUUACGUCUCGAUCUAUGUGGAUGAAAUAUACCUGGCACAAACACAAGCCAAAGGCAAAUCAUCAACGCCACGAUGGGAUGAGCAUUUUGAAAAGUUCAUUGAUUACGGAGAGAUAUUGGGUUUGACGGUUUUUCACAAAGCCAUUUUACCUCCAGAUCCAUUUAUUGCAAAUGUAACGAUUUCAUUGGAAACAUUAGUAAAGGAAGCUUCAAGCGAUAGUUUCUGGAUAAAGCUGGAGCCGUCAGGUAAAGUUCGAGUUAAAGUCGAACUAAAAGAAUCGAAUGACAGAGACAAAAGGCCAAAAUUCAAAAUGAAGGAAGGAGCGCUUAAAGCACGAGGAAGACGCGGUGCAAUGAGACGCAGAAUACACCAGGUCAGAGGACACAAGUUCAUGGCCACAUUUUUAUAUCAGCCAACAUUUUGCGCUCAUUGCAAAGACUUUAUUUGGGGAGUUAUUGGUAAACAAGGAUAUCAGUGCCAAGUAUGCACUAAAGUCGUUCACAAAAGAUGUCACCAAUAUGUUGUUACUUCAUGUCCAGGACAUAAAGAUGAAACAUCAGAUAAGGGUGAAGGUUCAGGGUUUACUAUCAAUGUUCCACACAGAUUCAAAGUCCACACGUACAAAAGACCAACAUUUUGUAAUCAUUGCGGUUCUAUGCUCUUUGGGUUGUACAGGCAAGGAGUUCAAUGUGAAGUUUGUUUUAUGAAUGUGCACAAGCGAUGUCAAAAAAAUGUUGGAAACAACUGUGGGGUGAACACUAAAGAAUUUGCUCAGAGAUUGGCACUUAUUGGUCACAAUGAACUGAAUAUGAAAAACAAACCAAGGAAAUCAAGCAUAUCAUCUACGACAUCUCUACUAACCCAAUCAGAAUCAAAUGAUGUUAACCUCACCUCACCACAGAGUCCAAACAGUAUCAAUGAUUAUCCCACAAGUGCACCACUCCACAACAAUGUUGGUACCAGCAAAAAGCAACCAGUUAUGCGAAUAAUGAAUGGCAAUAGUCAUUACUCACUGAGAGAUUUUGAUUUGCUAAAAGUUUUGGGAAAAGGAACAUAUGGAAAGGUAAUGCUUGCAGAACGCAAGGGAACGACAGAGCUGUACGCUAUUAAAGUGCUUAAAAAACAAGUGAUCAUGGAGGAUGAUGACGCAGAAUGUACAAUGAUCGAGAAAACAGUGUUAGCGUUGGCGUCAUCUCAUCCGUUUCUCACCUCGUUACAUUCAUGUUUUCAAACACCGGAUCGAUUAUUUUUUGUCAUGGAAUACAUCAACGGUGGCGAUUUGAUGUUUCAAAUUCAGAAAGCGAGAAAGUUUGAUGAGUCUCGAGCGAGGUUUUAUGCUGCCGAAUGUGUUUCUGCGUUGCAAUACCUUCAUAGAAAAGGAAUAAUAUACCGUGAUUUAAAGUUGGACAAUGUACUACUAGACGGCGAAGGGCAUAUUAAACUUGCUGAUUUUGGGAUGUGUAAAAUCGAUAUGACGUCUACCUCUACGACUAAUACAUUUUGUGGUACUCCUGAUUAUAUUGCACCCGAGAUCUUGCAAGAAAGACCAUACUGUUUCUCAGUUGAUUGGUGGGCUCUUGGUGUUCUGAUGUACGAAAUGAUGGCUGGUCAGCCGCCAUUUGAAGCUGAUAACGAGGACGAAUUGUUUUAUUGUAUUUUACAUGAAGAUGUGCUAUUUCCUGUAUGGCUUUCGCGCGAGGCAAUACUCAUACUCAAAGGGUUCAUGACGAAGGAUCCAAGCAAAAGACUUGGUUGCACAUCAACAGGCGAAAAGGCCAUUCGAGAACACGUAUUUUUCCAGGAAAUUGAUUGGAAAAAAUUAGAAGAAAAAGCUAUUCGCCCGCCUUUUAAACCAAAGACUGGGAAAACGCAUUUGGAUCCUGUCAAUUUCGAGCUCGAGUUUACGCGCGAGGCUCCACGACUAACGCCGACGGACAAAGGCGUUCUCGAUACCAUCAAUCAAGAUGACUUUCAAGGAUUUUCAUACGUGAACCCGCAAUUCAACAACGCGCAGUGAAAUGUUUUUCGGACAAACCAGAAACCAACAUGUUGUACGAUAUACAUCGGAAGGAAAUUGGCACCAAAUUGCACAAAAACGAACAUAAAUUCGUAAAUUCUAUUUUAUACACUCACACGUUACUUCUUCCGAAGACAGGCAGAAAUCAUCUUUGUCUAUUGUCCCCGCUGUUGGCACUGCGGUGACGUCAUCAUUAAUUACGUCAUCAACAUUUCUCCUGCAACAAUAGUAUGGUCGGUGUUAAUAUUUAAAUGAGCAGGGGUUUUUUCGUGCUAGGUGUUGCGAGCCAUUCGUUUUAACGUUAAUAACAAUUUAUAGAAUAAAAUAAUUUAUAUUAGGAUAUAGUAUUGUCUUUAUGUAAGGCAUAAAACUGCUAGGCAAGCAUUCACUGGAUACAAUUUUAAAAAUAUUUUUGCAUCCUGUUUUCCAAAGUGGAAAUUUUUGUCAUAUUCAAUGCUUCAAAGUUUCAGUUUUGAUGACAGGUUUGUCUAUUGUGAAAGUAUCAAGUGAAUCCUGGCCUUAUAAUGUAAUGUCAAUAUAUCGUGUAGGACAAAAUGUGUACGCUUUGAAAUUAUAUUGUACAUUAAUGUA